AUGUCUUCGCAACUCGACCAGCUCAAACAGUUCACAACCUGUGUCGCCGACUCCGGUGACUUCGAGACUAUCGCCAAGUACAAGCCCCAAGACGCCACCACCAACCCAUCCCUUAUCUUGGCUGCUGCAAAGAAAGAAUCCUAUGGCAAGCUGAUUGACGAUGCUAUUGCAUACGGCAAGCAGCACGGCUCUUCCGAGGAUGAGAAGAUUGACGCUGCCUUGGAUGCACUGCUUGUUGAGUUUGGCAAGGAAAUCCUCAAGAUUGUGCCCGGCCGUGUCUCAACGGAGGUGGAUGCUCGAUUCUCCUUCAGUACCGAGGCUACACUCGAGAAGGCUCGUCAUAUCAUUGCUCUGUACAAGGAGCAAGGUAUUGACAAGGACCGAGUGUUGAUUAAGAUUGCCUCUACUUGGGAAGGUAUCAAGGCUGCCGAGCAGCUCGAGAAGGAAGGCAUUCACUGCAACCUGACCCUCUUGUUCUCCAUUGAGCAAGCCAUUGCCUGUGCCGAGGCCAACAUCACCCUCAUCUCACCUUUUGUGGGUCGUAUCAUGGAUUACUACAAGGCCAAGGAGGGCAAGACAUUUGCACCUCACGAAGACCCCGGUGUCAAGUCGGUGACACGCAUCUUCAACUACUACAAGCAGCACGGCUACAAGACUGUCGUGAUGGGUGCUUCCUUCCGCAAUGUUGGUGAGAUUACCGAGUUGGCUGGAUGUGACUACCUGACCAUUUCGCCCAGCUUGCUCGAGGAGCUCGCCAACUCGAAUGAGAAGCUUGAGCGCAAGUUGGAUGGCAACAAGAUCUCUGAGAAGCAGGAGAAGUUGUCGUACAUCAACGACGAGUCCAAGUUCAGGUUUGACUUCAACAACAACCCUAUGGCUGUUGAGAAGCUGUCGACGGGUAUUGCCGCCUUUGCCAAGGACGCCGCCACUCUCAAGGACAUUAUUGCCAGCAAGAUGAAGUAA